GAGGAGAGUGGGGCUCAGUGUGACCAGGCAGAGGCCAGUGUUGCAGGCAGGCAGGCAGUGGAGAGAGUGUUGAGCCGCAGAGACGUGCCCGGGUUGGAUAAACCAUGCUCACUGAGUGGGAGAAAGACUCUGCCCAGGACACAAGAUGAAGGUAGAGAGGAAGACCUCCUCUACAGGCGACAGUUUUACUGACGUUCCUCUGCUACUGACGCUCUUUGGCCUCCUCCUCCUCCUGCUCUUCACAGGUGAGGUGUCAGGGGUGAACGUGACCAGCCAGACCCCGGUGGUGAGGGGCACGGUGGGCAAAGAGGCCCUCUUGUCAGUCAGCUACUCCAGCAGCAGCUCGGACAAGCCUGUGAUUAAGUGGCAGCUGAAGAGGGACAAGGAGAAACCCAUCACCGUCGUGCAAUCCAUAGGGACAGAUGUCAUAGGCAACCUGAGGCCAGAGUACCGCCACCGUAUCCUGGUGUUUGAGAAUGGGUCACUACUGCUGCACAACCUGCAGCUGUCAGACGAAGGGGCGUACGAAGUGGAGAUCUCCAUCACAGAUGACACCUUCACUGGAGAGCACAACGUUGAGCUCACUGUGAAUGUCCCCGUGUCCAAACCUUACAUCCAGAUGAUGGCCUCGUCCGUGCUGGAGUACAGCGAGCACUUUAACCUCCACUGUUCCCACGACAACGGCACAAAGCCCGUCUACGCUUGGCUGAAGGGAGGCAAGGUGCUGACCAAUGACACUCGUCUGCAGCUUUCACGCGACCAAAAGGUGCUGACCAUCUCACGCGUUGUGAUGUCAGAUGAUGACAUUUACGCCUGCACAGUGGAGAACCCCAUCAGCAGCAUGAAGAGCAUGCCUGUCAGGCUCACUGUCUACAGACGGAGCUCGCUAUACAUCAUCCUGUCCACCGGGGGCAUAUUCCUCCUAAUCACCCUGGUGACAGUGUGUGCCUGUUGGAAACCAUCCAAUGUGUGUUUUUCCUGCUGUAGAAAGAAGCAUCGACCCGUCCCCCAAAGAGCUCCCAUCUACAUGGAUCAGAGUGAAAAUGGCCACGAUGUUGAUGUUGUUCCCAAACCGACUACACUUGGUCGAAGGAGCCCCAUGCCUCUUUAUGUUCUCAAUGAAGAUGAGACUCUGGAGCGUUUGGAAGAAUGUUCUGGCAAUACUGCCGUCCAAUCAGAAAUGAGUGUCCCUGCUGUCUACGCUCCGGUCCUCAUCCCUUCCACUAACAGAAGUGAUCGACCCGUCUGGUCUGCCCCACGCAGAUACCCCCGCAGCCCCUCUCCACUAGCACAACCUCUCCCACAACCCAUUCCAGGUCCUCCUCUACGCCCCAUCCGCUCCCCUGCUCACUCCCCAGGUUCAUCUCCACGCAGCUUCAGCCCCAUAAGAAAAGUCCGUCCACCAGUUGGCAUCCCAACCAGCCACCUGCCUGUAGAGGCAGAGUGUCCAGAACCUUGUGACCAGACUCACUGUCCACCACAGCAGUGACAACUGCUUGGAUGUGUGUGUUUCAUGCUGUGAUAUGUAAAGUAUAUGUGUAGUCUACUGUUGCACACCCUGCCACGAGGAUAAUGGAUCUGAUGCACUAUAGGAUAAGAGAUGAGUUCACUUUCAGCUAACUCUUCAUAUGCCAUUAUUUAUCAUCUAUUCCCAUGGCUAUGCACAAUAUUCCUGUAGGCUUUUGAUGAUAUCCUGUCAUAUGAAAGCUUAUAUUCUGUCCACCAGCAUGUAGUGUAUCAUGUAUAGGAUGCUGAGACAGCUCUGGUAUAUAUUUUGCUUCUUGAUGAAUUAGGAAUUUUUUCCUGGGAAUAUUUUGAUAAAUACCUGUACAUAUGUAAGUUAAUAGUUUGGAGUCAGGUUUUUUUUUUUUUUUUUAAACAAUUAAACCACAAAGUGUAUUCUUAUUCAACAUUAGGUCACUGUAUAACCUAAGGUAAUAAAACAGUUCAAAUAUUU